AUGGGCCAACAACAGUCCUCAGAGAAAGGCUCGAGUUCGAGGACUGGUACUCCUCAGGCUGAAAGAGACCGGAAGAUUUCCCGCAGGGUCUCGAUCCAAGCUCUAUCCCAAGGCCGGGCAACGCCUAUUGACCCCGAAGCGACAAAGGAUACCGCAGUUGCGCAAACAACUUCCCAACAUCUAGAAAGACCCGACUUACAGCAAUAUCUACACGCCUCCUCGACCGACCAACAUGCUAGAGCCCCCAAAGUGGAGAGGUCUACUUCGAGAGCCUCGCGUGAGAAGAGACAUGAGUUGGAACAACGACCAAGACAUCAGCCGCCCCUGCCCGUGCCGCAGGCAUCAGGCCCCGUGGACGUUCCCAUGUCGAGGAGUAAGCAGGACUCAGCCGACGAGCCGGUCGAAGAACCCAACAAUACCUAUCAAGAUCGACGAUAUACUUCGGUCGCCCAACUUCGUCCUCCCCGUCUCCCUCUCCCCAUCGCAGACGUACCAAUUCCUGAAUCGCCUCCCCUGCUGCCAGUCGACAGAGGAAACGCGGACGUUCCAAUCUUCGAGACAGAUGAGCCUCUUUCCCCCAUCGACCCCCAGACUACGAGGAAAAGCUCCAUGCUGAGCACGACAACGCAAUCCGAAGAAGAAGUAGGGGAGGAAUUGCAACCUUUUGCGGUUGAUGCUGCUACUGCUCAAACCGUGCCCACUGUAAUCGAAUGGAAUCAUGGCGGAACCAAAGUCUACGUCACGGGAACGUUUGCAAAUUGGGAAAAGAAGUACCGGCUUCAUCCAAGAAAAACUGGCCCCGGCAUGUUUACCACAAUCAACCUUCCGUCAGGAACACAUCAUCUCAAAUUCGUGGUAGAUGACGAGAUGGUCACAAGCCCAGACCUGCCUACGGCGGUCGAUUUCAACAAUUUCCUGGUAAAUUACAUCGAGAUCGCCACCGAGGACCUCACCAAGACGAGGAGAGAAAGCGGUCAGCCAGGCAACAAAUCGGCAGCUCUGACGGCUGUCGAGCAUGACGAUGGCCGAUCCGGACAACAGACUCCUGAGCCCGGGAUGGUAGAGCCUCAAGCCGAGGAGAUCCCAGCUGGCGAUUUCCGUCAACUUGUACCACAGGCCUUUGUAGACGUCGACCUCUCCGAAGACGACGUCCGGUAUCACAAUGCAGUGCGAGUCAUCCAAGAAGCUCCAGCACCACCAGCUCUGCCCCUCUUCCUCAGCAGGUCCAUUCUCAACGGUGUUCUUCCAGUAAAGGACGAUAACAGCGUCCUCACACUGCCGAAUCACACCGUCUUGAAUCAUCUCAUGACCAGUAGUGUCAAGAACGGGGUGCUGGCGACUAGUGUCACUACUCGAUAUAAGAAGAAGUACGUGACCACAAUUUCGUUCAAGCGAGUGCCUCAGUUCCAGACAGGUCAAUGA